CCCAGUUAUAAAAAUUAUAGAAGAUACAAGUUCUCCUGAAUCUACAAACGGUUCUUCACCAAAUGAUAAACAUGAUUUUCAACCUUCAGAAAUUGAGCCAAAUGAUGAACAAGAUCUUCAACCUUCAGAAAUUGAGCCAAAUGAUAAACAGAAUCUUCAAUCUUCAGAAAUUGAGCCAAACAAUAAACAGAAUCAACUUUCAGUAGAUGAUUCCUAUGUGUCGUUGGAUGAAACUGAAGCACGCCUCAAUCGUUAUGCUAAAGCCGCAGGUUUUUCAUUACGUUGA